AUGGAUGAUAGGAGAAAACACUGGAAAGAGAAUAUGUUUGCUCCUUCUUUUAGUGCUCAUGAUGUUCUAAAUGAGGUUUUACAGCCUGAAUCUCUUCCUGAACAAAUGACUUCAGAUAAGGCCAAGAGAAUGGAAGGAAUUUACAACAUGUCUAGUAGAAAGUUUCAAGAAGAGAAUAAAUUUCAGAGGAAAGAAUUUAUUUCCCAACCAAAUGAAGAAAAACAAGAACCAAACUUGAAAGAGAGAAAGAUGAACAUUUCAAAGAAUGAAGCAGACACAAACUCUGUGUCCUGUGAAUCAUCUAAUUUGGAUGUUACAACUGAAGAAAGCUUUAAUAGCACAGAAGACUACUGCAUCCAGAAUACAAUGGAACAUCCAAGUCUAUGGCAACAAGACAACAAGAAGAAAUAUACUGAAGGAAAGUCUCCAAAUUUUAGCCUGAAUAUCUUGAAUGAAGAACUGGAAGAACUCAAUGUGAAAUGCAGAAAAAUAGAAGAGGAAUUUGAAAAUGCUGAAAAAGAACUUUUGAAUGCCAAAAAGGAAGUCUCCCCCAAAGCCUUAAAUUUUCAAGAAACAGCGGCAGAAACUUUGAAGAAAGACUGGGAACUUCAAGCUUUAAGAAAUGACCUAUCUGAAAAAGCAACAAAUGUCAAAAACUUAACUGAAGAGCUCCAGCAAGCCAGAGAAGUCAUCCACAAGUUGAGCCUAGAGAAUAGAGAUUUAAAAGAAGCUGUAAGGAAGUUAAAACAUCAGACUGAAGUUGGAAAUGAACUUCUAAAAGAAGAAAUAAAAUUGUAUUAUGAAUUAGAAAUGGAAAAGAUCCAUGGAGAGCUCGAUGCCAUCAAGAAUGAACUAAGAAUUGAGAAGAACCUGCAAGCGAGGAAUAACAGAGCCCUGGAGUUGCUUAGAAAACACUUUUCUUCUGUAACAUCAAGUACCCUUGACAGCUUUACAGGGGAUUGUUUUUAA